AUGCCUGAUUUUCAACGACAACAUUAUCAAAUGCGUGACUUUGAACCGUUUUUCAAAUCCAGAGUGAGAAGGAAAAUCAUGGAAACAAAAGAGUUGGCAAUGAAGAAGAUAAAUAAUUAUCGAGGUUCAAAUCAAAUCAUAAACAUCUACAAGGAAAUAUCAUUUAAAAUAGAUAAAUAUUGGAAUGAUGUUGGAUUCGGAUUGAGUACAAUUGAGGUGAUGGGUUAUUGUGUUAACACGAACAUGCCUACAAGUCUUACUGCUUGUUAG